AUGGCGCAGCUGGACGACUAUGUGCCCGUGCCCGACGACAACCCGGACGCGGCGGGCGGCGCCGCCAGCCAGGAUGUGACAGAUGACGAUGACGCCCUGCCUCUCGAGGAGGAGGAGGGCGAGGACCUGAUGGAGAACAUGCAGAAUGACUACCGCGCCAUGUCUGGGAUGGACCAAUACGAGGCGGACGGCCUGGACCAGGAAUACACAGAACAGAUGACGUACGAGGAGAGGGCCGCCGCGCGGCUGGCGGCGGAGGCGGCCCUGGACAGGCGCGACGCGGGCGGGCGGCGCCGCAAGCGCAUGCCCGGCGCGCUGGAGGGGCUGGACGAUGAUGACUUUGCUGAUGUCAGGCGUCGCAGGCUGGCCACCCAGGAGGAGGAUGACGGCGAUGAGGGGCCGCCGCGCGUCAGCCUGGAGGAGUUCAGCGGCUGCGUGACGGACUGGGUGGCCAACCCGCCCGUGGCUGCGGAGGUUCAGCGGCGGUUCAGGCGGUUCCUGCGUCAGUUCCAGGAUGACAAGGGGCAGCGCGUGUACCUGCAGCGCAUCGAGGCCAUGGUGCUGGGUGAGGGGGGGGGGAAGAGGGGGCGCGUGUGA